UUUUUCGUCCUCGAUUCGACUCGGAAUUAUUGUAGUUUUAUGCUUCACUGUGCUGAUCGCAGAUCUCAGCCGUAGGCGAAACAUCGAGAUCGAUGGGCUACUUCCUCCUUCUGGAUCGCGCAAUAUGUAAUUCGCCGGCCAAUCUACGUUCACUAUCUACGUUCACUUGCUGACCCACAUCCUAUCCGCUUAUCGAACUCCGAUCUUCUCUUUCCCGCCCCAUAAUCCAUUGCCAGAUAGAGAAGAAGGAGCUUGCGAUUUUGUUAACGAAUUGGUGUUUCUCGCAGUUAUUCCUUGGUUCCAUGGACGAAGUGAUGACAAUGGCUGAUAUUAAUGCGGCCACCCAAUCGACGCCAUCUGCCGCAACUCCUACAUCUCUGCUUCCGUCCAAUUUCCCCCUUCUCUCGGCGUUUCUUUCGUUUGCGCUCGCCCAGUUUCUGAAGAUCUUCACCACCUGGUAUAAGGAAAGGAGAUGGGAUUCUAAAAGGAUGCUUGAUUCAGGUGGAAUGCCUUCAUCACAUUCUGCUACAGUGUCAGCUCUAGCAGCGGCUAUAGGUCUCCAAGAGGGAACAGGGUCACCUGCUUUUGCAGUUGCUGUAGUUUUGGCAUGUGUGGUAAUGUAUGAUGCAACAGGAGUUAGACUUCAUGCAGGUCGGCAGGCAGAAUUGUUGAAUCAAAUUGUAUGUGAGCUACCACCAGAACAUCCUUUGUCCACUGUCAGACCACUGCGUGAUUCACUUGGUCAUACUCCACUCCAGGUUGUUGCCGGUGCUUUAUUAGGCUGUUUUAUAGCCAUUUUGAUGAGGACCUCCAGUUAGGCUGCUAUUUGAACUAUACUUACUACCAUGCCACAAAGUGUCACUGCAUGGCAUUACUGAAGGAGAACACCAUCGAAAGAGCAACGCUCCUGUAAAGAGGGUGGACGGUUCAACAUUAAUAUUUGGGUAUACUGCUGCUAGUUUUUGCUGGACAUUGCCACUUGUACACAUCAACCGACAAUUCUAUUACUUAAUUUAGCUGACUGUAGUCAUUCUUUAAUGGAUUAAAAUCUGCACAUUCUGAGAUUGAAGGAAUCAUUGGUAUGAAACAAGCUAGUUACUUCAUUUACUUCAGCCGUGUAUGAAGAUUAGCCUAUAUAUUUUAUGGUAAAAAUAGAUAAGCCUAUAUAUUUGUUUGUUAUCAUUA